AUGGAGGCGGCCCCGGCCCGGUACCAGGCCCGCUACCAGCGCCUGGGGGCCAGCGACAGCGACGGGGAGGAGGCGGUGGAGCUGCGGGGCGGACCGGACCGAUCCUCGCUGCAGGCGCUGCUUCACCAGUACCACCGGGAGACCUGCGCCCGCAUCUCCUCGGCCCUGGUGCUGCUGGCGCUGGCCUUGGCCUUGGCCUUUUACCAGAUGACCUCCGGGGGCUCCUCGCGGCUGGGCGGCGCCCAGGUUCCCAGGCAGGACGGUGGCGCCGGGCAGAUGGGGGCGCAGGAGGAGCCUGGAGACAUCCCAUCUGCGGCUCACAUGCAUGCACGGGGCGUUUACCAUCAUGCCACCCUCAUCACCAGCUCAAAGACCUGCUCCCGCCUGGGCAAGGACCUGCUGGUGGCUGGCGGGAACGUGGUGGAUGCCGGGAUCGCAGCUGCGCUCUGCCUGGGGCUGGUCCACCCGCAUGCCGGGGGGCUGG